ACUAGAGUUCUUCCAUUUCUUUCAACAUUCCAUCUAUCACUUGGCAAGGGUGACCACUCAAUCAAUUGAUUCAACAUGGCUACAGAUGAGAGAGCAGGGGCUGAAAUUGUACGAGGAAAGGAAGCUUGUGAACGAUUUUCAGCAGAGCUGAUGAAAGAACUUGGAUUCCCUAGCGGUGUCCUUCCCAUUGGAGAGCUGGUGGAAUGUGGGAGGGUGAGAGCCACAGGUUUCGUGUGGUGGAAAUGCAAGGCAGCUUAUGAGCAUUUUAAUGUGGCGACCAACACCAAGAACAGCUAUGCCGCCGAGACAACGGCAUAUGUGGAGAAGGGGAGGAUGAAGAAGAUGACGGGUUGCAAGGCUAAGCAGAUGAUGGUGUGGGUUCCCAUAGCGGAAAUGUACAUUGAUGGCAACAAGAUCUCCUUCAAAUCAUCCAUGGGGGUCGGCAAGUCCUUCCCCAUUAUCUCUUUUAUGAAUGAAGAAGAAAAGAAGGCUUAUCUCCAACAAAAUGGUGCAGCAAAUUAAUUAAUACGCGACUUCCCUUAGUAGUGACUAGUUAUCAGCUUUAUGUGUUUACUUAUUUAUGUACCUUUGUUUCCUUCCUUAUCACUUCGUGUCCUAAUAACAAUUGAUGUAAUGUACCAUUUAAAACUAGAAGGGUGCAGGUUUUAUCUUUA